AUGACUCGUUUCACAUGGAACCUCUACCAGUACUUAUGCCAGAGUCGUUUUUGCAGAAAGGUGGAUGUUUAUAGAAAUGACCAAAUUUCCAUUGAAACCGUUGAGAAUGAAAUCAAGCCGGAUAUAAUAUUCAUUUCUCCUGGUCCCGGUCAUCCUUCUACCGACUCGGGUAUAUCUAGAGAACUUAUAGACCACUUCAAAGGCAAACUUCCUAUAUUUGGAGUCUGUAUGGGCCAACAGUGUAUCUUUGAAGUCUUUGGAGGUGAAGUUGCAUACGCUGGAGAAAUCGUUCAUGGCAAAACUACUACAAUUAAACAUGAUGGAAAGGGAAUGUUUCUGAACGUUCCGCAAUCUGUUGCUGUCACGAGGUAUCAUUCUUUGGCUGGAAGCUUAAAGUCCUUGCCUGACUGUUUAGAAGUCACCGCCACAACUGAAACGGAACCACUGGUUAUUAUGGGUGUUCGUCACAAGACGUAUGCCAUUGAAGGUGUGCAGUUCCAUCCUGAGUCUAUUCUUACCGAAUCGGGUCGUAUUAUGAUCGAUAAUUUGCUUUCAUUGUCUGGUGCUACCUGGGCCGAAUGUGACCAGAUGGGAAGUGGUGCGGUAAAAAAAGAGAAUAUUCUCACCAAAAUCUACAAGCAGCGCCAAGCGGAUUACGAGGCAAUUGAGGUCAUUCCUGGACGAUCGUUUGCAGAUUUGGAGAUGACAUACUCUCUUUCCGUGGCACCAACAUUGAUAGACUUUUAUGAACGAAUGGUAUCAACUAAGAAUGCCCAUCAAAACGUGAUACUUUCGGAAUUCAAGAGAGCUUCCCCAUCCAAGGGAAACAUCAACAUAAGGGCUCAUCCCGGUAAACAGGCUCUCACAUAUGCUCGGCAUGGAUGCUCGGCCAUAUCUGUGUUGACAGAACCAACAUGGUUCAAGGGAAGUAUUGAAGAUAUGAGCUUGAUCAGACGAGUCAUUGAUACUAUACCCUCAGUUGACGGUUAUAAACGUCCUGCCGUGCUUCGUAAAGAAUUCAUCUUCAGCAAGUACCAGAUACUUGAGGCACGUUUAGCAGGGGCAGACACUGUUCUUCUCAUUGUCAAGAUGCUUAACAAUGUAGAGUUGCUUUCUGAACUUUACAAGUUUUCCUGGAGCUUAGGUAUGGUGCCCUUGGUUGAAGUCAACGAUAAAAAAGAGCUAGAAAUCGCUUUAAGCUUGUCGCAUAAAGAAAGCACAGAACCUUUGGUUAUUGGAGUCAACAACCGUAACCUCACUACCUUUGAAGUGGAUUUGGGAACCACAACUUCUUUGGUAGAGUACGCCAAAAGUGGCAGCGAGAGAAAAGGACCAGUUUUGGUGUUGGCAUUAUCCGGCAUCAGCAGCACCAAUGACGUUACAAAAUAUAAAAAGGAAGCCGUAGAUGGCUUUUUGAUUGGUGAAAGCUUGAUGAGAGCAGAAGAAGCCGGUAAAGCUGGAGACUUUUUGCAGCAAUUGAUCGAGGCAUAA